UUCUUCUACUUUUUUUUUUCUUUGAAUAACUUUUCAUGAGAGCAUCAACCUCAGACGUUAUCCAUAUAUAGCAUAGAGACAUAGAUCCAUUUGUGCUGCUCAUUCUAUGUUGGGGUACUGAAACAGUUGCUAGAGAGCUUAUUGUGUGGUUGUUGAGCUUUGGUUAUGACGACUGGGAGGGGUGUCAGAGACUUGUUGGGUCCUCUUAUUGUUGUAAACUUGGUAGUUCAUCUGAUUGUGCUUGGACUCGCUGGCUGGUCUCUUGACAAAUACAUCAAUGGAGAGGAAAACCAUCCCCAUUUAGGUGGAAAUCCAUCAACGAGAUUCAUGUUGGUGUUUGCACUGGUAGGAGGGGUGGUGGGUGCUUGCUCUCUGAUUUCAGGGAUGAUCCAUCUGCGGGCUUGGCGAAGUGACAGUUUGGCUGCUGCUUCUGCCUUAGCUCUCGUCUCUUGGGCCCUAACGGCUCUUGCUUUUGGACUUGUAUGCAAGGAGAUCAUACUAGGAGGACGCAGGGGAAAACGCUUGCAAACAUUGGAGGCUUUCAUGGUGAUUUCACUGCUGAGUCAGAUGCUUUAUGUGGUGCUUCUCCACGGUGGGGUGUACAGUAGGACUUAUGGUCCAGGGUAUCGCAAUGACCCCCAGAAACCUGGCACAUCAGCUGAUAUCUGAUGCUUUCUUAUUUUCUUUGUACGUCUUUUUAUGUUAAAGAAAACUAUAUACUGUCAUAAUUCAGUAUACAUUUUGCUUAGUACGAGUACAUAGCAGAGGAACAAACGAACUGUACCAGUUUUGCAUGCUUGUAAAAGUUUAAAAAAAGUCCCAAGAAUAUUAUUAUUAUUAUUAUUA